AAUCAUCAUCACCGAAGAGGGUUACACCGUCAUAUCUUCCCUUUCACCGUUCUCCAAUUACCAUUUUCCUCCGAUUUCGUCCUUCUUGAUUUCGUCAACAGCACUUUCUACACCGCACAAUUCCCCAUUACCGAAGAAACCGUUUUCACGAGGCUUUCCAGAUCCUCUCCAAAUGAAAAUAAUUGGACCAAUUAACAAAUUUUCAACCAUUAGAUUAAAUUGGGAUGAGAUUUGGUGUCGUUUCCAAUUAACAAAUGUUGUUGUCUUAAAAAAAUAUAUUAAAUUUGAGUUUAAUAUAUUUUUUAAAACAACAAUAUUCAGUCUCUUUCCCGCACGAGAACAAAAUCCCUUCCCCGUUCACGCGACUGCUUCUCCCAGCACGACCUUUGACGGACGACGGGUGCUGAACGUCGACGGAUGACUUCUCUCCUCUCGCUUUUUUCCGACGUGGUUUAAAUCUGGCGAGGUCAGCACUGUACCUCCACACGUUUUCCGGCGAGGUAGCUCUUCUCUCGCCCUUUUUCGGUGCUUUCCGGCGAGGUCGCAUUCUCUGCAGGUUUCCGUUCAGCUGUGCAUGGUGGAUAUGGAAUGCGUGGUUCAGGGAAUUAUAGAGACACAGCAUGUUGAGGCCUUGGAGAUUCUUCUUCAAGGACUAUGUGGUGUUCAGAGAGAACGAUUGAGGAUCCAUGAAAUAUGCCUCAAGAGUGGUCCACAUCUGGGUACUGUAGCCUCAGAGGUUCGACUGUUGUGUGACCUAGAGCAAGCUGAACCUUCGUGGACUGUUAUACAUGCAGGUGGUGCAAUGAGGGGAGCAGGCGCAGAGCAAAUUUCUGUUCUGGUUAGGUCAAUGGUGGAAAGCAAAACAAGCAAGAAUGCACUGCGCAUGUUUUAUACACUGGGGUACAAGUUAGACCAUGAGCUGCUGAGGGUGGGAUUUUCCUUCAAUUUCCACAGGGGUGCACAAAUCACUGUAACGGUUUCAUCAAUCAAUAAAAUGCUGAAGCUCCAUGCAACUGACGAGGCCAUGCCAGUAACACCUGGUAUACAAAUGGUUGAAGUAACAGCACCUGCAACUGCUGAAACCUAUGCUGAAGUUGCGUCUGCUGUGUCAUCCUUUUGUGAAUACCUUGCACCGCUUCUCCACCUGUCGAAACCAGGCAUUUCAACUGGUGUUGUUCCUGCAGCUGCUGCAUCUCUGAUGUCUGAUGGUGGGGGUACAACGUUGUAGUGGGACUGUACUGUUAUCUUUAUAAAUGCACACUUUAUGUACAUUGAAGUUCCAUGACCCCACUUGCUUAAUUCAUAUAAAGAGACGUGAAUAUCAAUUUUCUCUU